AUGUCGACAGCGUCCAACCGGACCUCGCGGCCCGACCGCAGCAGCCUACACAACUCGCGGAUGAGUACGAUGAGUGGCCGCCGGCAACGUGCCGGCUCGCGCGCCGCCCGGGUUACCGAGGUGCAGUUCGAGGAGGGCUAUAGCUAUGCCCUCCGCAUCGCCUACCUCAACUACUUGCUGCAGCCCAAGAAAAAGAGAAAAGAAUACGUGGCGGCACCCAAGCCCGUCCGCACACACACGGCAUCCAACAGCGUCGGCGAGCUCAUGAAAGAGUUUGUGCCGUCCGGGUCCUCGUCGUCGUCGGCCAAUAUGAAGCUGCCCCACAGCCUGCGGCAGGCCCUCGAAAAACGCAUGGAGGGCGUGCUGCGUGGCACCGAAAAAAUGCCGGGAUACAGCGACGCGGCGGUCAAGCGCACGUUUGGCGAGGCAUACACCGCGUUUACAGCCGACAACUUCCGCAAGAGCAUUGACAAGGACCGCAAGAUCGAGCCCCUCAUUCUCAUUUUCUACACGUCCGCAAGCAAAGCCCAGGGCCGCGGCAAGGCCGCCGACGACGACUCGUGGAAGCCUCUUGUGGACCGCCACGUUGCCCUCUUUGUGCGGCUGGUCAGCAGCCUGAUGCGCGAUCUGGGCAGCGACCAGGGCCGGCCCGAGUUCAUGGGCCGCCUGGCAACACUCGAGAAGAAGCUGCUCACCAAUGACCAGGACCUGUCUCUCGACACCAACCAGCCGGGCGAGCACAAGACGAUCGAGGUGGAGAUCCCGUUAACGUACGACGUCAAGGAUAUGCCCAUGGUGCAGACCGUCGCCCGCAUUUUUGGGCGGACACAGAGCGAAGUGCAAACGGACAUUGACCGCGACUUAACUCUCUGGACCGAGGAGGCAGCGCUCAAAGAUCUCAAGACGUACCAGCACCAGCUCACGUCAAAUAUGCCGGGUGCGCUGCGCAGCGGGGACUUUGAUCUGGAUGCGGCAUAUGAGGAGUGGAAGAAGACCGAGGUCCACCAGCUGGCGCAGAUGAUGCUGGAUUUGCUGACCGUGCGACCCGACCUUGCCAAGACAUCGACAACAAGCGGUGGUGCGGCAUCUUUGGGUGGCAACGGUGGAGACAAGCCGCUUCCGAUUCGGCCGACGUCCAUGUACGGAGAGGACCAAACUUACGCAGACAUUAGCCGCAUGAUCUCGUCCCAUCCGGACCCUGUGGCGGCCGCCUCGGUCGUGAAUCAGUUCGGGUAUGACGGCUCUAUGGGCUUCUCGUCAUUGUCCUUGGAUGACGGCGCCAGUGGUAGCAGCAUCCGCGCCGUCGAAGAGGCGCCCGAUUUUACAUAUAUUCCGUCGGACCCGCGGUCUUAUUACAAGUUUGUACUAAAGCACGCCAUGUCGUACGACCAGCUACACCCGGACGAAGGGACGAUUGUGUCGGAGGCUGUCCCGCUGCACCGAUCGUCGGUGGACCUGUUGAUUGAGUUGGCGGUGCACUGGCGGAUACCGCAGUUCUCGCGCGAGGUGCUGCUGCUCGACGUCGCAUCACAAAAGUACCUGGAUCUCGAGAUGCGUGCCGAGGAGGUGUACGAGGUGUUUGAGGAUGUCAAAGACAGCGCCUCCCUCGACCACUUGCCGCACAACAAGAAACCGCCGCACAUUCAAAUGUUUGGCCAGCCACUGCACAGCAUCGAGCGCAGCCACUGGGCGUCACGCGACUACGCCUCCUACCAGCAGAUCCUGGUCAAGAUGCAGGAGGCUAUGCUGCGCGAGCUGCUGGAGGUGGCCUCGCAGUGCUACGAGCCGAAACCGCAGUCCAUCGGCCCGACGCUGAUGUUCAUUGAGAACCACAUCCACGGCGACGACGCCUUCCCGCAGCGGCCCGAGGUCAUUGCCCAGUUCGCCGAGGCGCUGACAGCGACGAUGCGCGACCGCGCCGCUGGCUUGUAUCGCGAGUUCUUGGACACCAACAUCCCGCGGGAAGAGGACGACUGGGAUUUUAGUCAUGUGGUGAACCUGGGCAAAGCUGUGGUGGCUGUGUGCGACCGCACGCGCAAGCGGUACCGCAAGAACCCGGAGAUUAUGGGGGUCAGCCCCUUUAAGGAGCUCGUGGGCACCAUGUUCCCGAGCUUCGAGGCCGACGCCAAGGCGAUCAUUGAGCGAAUCGUGCAAAAGGCCAAGGACCGCGGUCUCGAGGUCAACCUGCAGGACGGCUUCGACCUGUACAAGGAGCUCACCGACAUUCGCAAAAUCCACGUCGAGUCACUGCCGGGCAAGCCGUUUGCCUUCCACGUCGAGGGUCUGCUCGAAGAGUUUGUGUGGCGGUGGAUCAAGGGCGCGCAGGAACGCAUGGAGAACAUCGUCGAGGAAGCCAUCAAGCAGGACCAGUUCCAAGUGCGCGUGCAACAACCGGGCGACGUUCCGACGGACGAUGAGCGGCACAGCGUGUCUAUCAUCGACACGUUCCAGGCCUUCAACCAGAGCGUCGACCAAAUCUACCAGCUGGAGUGGGACGACGAUACGCACCAUGCCAAGUUCAUGACGGCACUGGCCAAGGCCUUCACGGCAGGGAUCGGGCGGUACUGCGAGAUUGUCGAGCAGCGCUUCGCCAAGGAGAUGGACCGCCCCUCAGCGCAAGAGCUGGCGGACUCUACGAAGACGACACAGGAGCGCUGGAUGCAGUAUGCCAAGGACGCAUUGAGCAACAAGGAAAAGGUCGAGCCGUUCCAGUUUUACGCCGAGUCGUUUGUCAAGCUCAACAACAUUGAGUACGGCAUGCAGGCGCUGGAUGCCCUGGAAAAGGCGGUCAACGUCGAUGGGUGCGCCGAGGUCUUGAAGCGGGAAAACGGGCCCGCCAAGCCCGUGGACCGGCGCAACACCAAGUACGUGUUCACGAUCAAGAUUGUCGAGGCCGAGGACCUCAAGGCGUGCGACCCGACGGGCACGAGCGACCCGUACGUCGUGCUGGGCGACGAGUACCAGAAGCGGCUGGCCAAGACGCGCAUCAUUAUGCGCAACCUCAACCCGCGCUGGGACGAGUCGGUCGAGAUCACGGUGUCGGGGCCGCUCAACAUUAUUGCCACGAUCUGGGACUACGACACCUUUGGCGACCACGACUUUGUGGGCCGUACGUCACUGAAGCUCGACCCGCUGCACUUUAGCGACUACCUGCCGCGCGAGUUCUGGCUGGACCUCGAUACGCAGGGCCGGCUGCUGCUGCGCGUCAGCAUGGAGGGUGAGCGCGAUGACAUCCAGUUCCACUUUGGCAAGGCGUUCCGCCACCUCAAGCGGACGGAGCGUGACAUGGUGCGCAAGGUCACGGACAAGCUGGUGGCGUACAUCAAUGCGUCGCUGUCGUACGAGGCCCUGAAGAGUCUGCUGAACCGAGGGUCGCUGCUCGCCACGUCCGUGGCGGCGCUGUGGCAGAAGCGCACCGCGUCCAAGACGCAGCCGCUGACGCAAGCCGACAUUGAGAACACGCUGCAGCCGCUGUUUACGUACUUUAACGAGAACUUUGCCAUUAUGAACCAGACGCUGACGCACGCCACCAUGAUGGCCGUCAUGACGCGGCUGUGGAAAGAGGCGCUCAUGGCCAUUGAGGGCCUGCUCGUCCCCCCUCUGUCCGAAAAGCCGUCCACGCAAAAGCCCCUGACACAGGCCGAGAUUGACGUCGUCUACAAGUGGCUCGAGAUGCUGUUUGACUUUUUCCACGCGCGCAACGACCACGGCGAGGUGCUGGGCGUGCCAGCCGACAUUCUCAAGUCGCCCAAGUACCACGAGCUCGCGUCGCUCAACUUUUUCUACUUUGAGACGACCGAGAAUCUGAUACGGACGUCGGAGCGCAUGGCCGCGGCCACGGCGCAGCGCGCCCAGCAGCAGCUGCAGCAGCAGCAGCAACAGCUCCCUGCCAACGGCAUCGUCCCGGGGCUGACCAUGUCGGGCCGGCACUUGUCGGCGCCGCCCGGGUUUGGCCCUGGCGCGGCCGGGGGUGGCGCGUUUGCCAGCAUGGGCACGAUUCGCCGCGGCAAGAGCAUCAUGAUGAGCCGCAACCUGGGCACGAUGCGGCGCGCCAAGGAAGAGAAGCGCAAGGACGCGCAGGCCGACCCGUCGGACGACAUGAUUCUGCGUAUUCUGCGGAUGCGGCCGGAGGCAGCAAUGUACCUCAAAGAGCGGCACCGGCAGAAGGAGCGCAUGGCGGCACACCAGGCGGCGGCGAUGAUUGUGCGCCAGAGCAUCAGCCAGGGGUGGACGGGCCCGGCGUUUGGCGGAGCCAUGUACAGCCGCAACAACCUACCGCUGCGGUAG